AUGGGAACCCCAAAAACUGGGAGCGCUGAUGCUGUGGGGCGUGCUGGAGGAGCCGUGCUCAGCCAACUCUAUCCCCGCUCCCCGAUCGACGUGCACGUCCAGGUUCUCCAGGCAGACGGUGGCGAGCUGGGUGCCAGUGUGAGCGCGGCAGGGCUGGCGCUCCUGGACGCCGGCGUGGCGCUGCGCGGGGCUGUGGUGGCCGGGUCGGCCGGGCUGGCCGAGCCCCCGGCCGGGCCCCCGGUGGCCCUGAGCGACCUGAGCGCGGCCGAGGAGGCGGCCGGGGGCCCCAGGCUGGCCGUGGCCACGGUGGCGGGCAGCGGGCAGCUGGCCCUGUGCCAGCUCAGCGCCCGCCUGCACCAGGAGCGGCUGCGGCCCGUGCUGGACGCUGCCCAGGCCGCCUGCCGGGGGCUGCACGCCGUGCUGGACGGCGUGGUGAGGGCCAGGCUGCGCCAGGACACCGCCAUGGAGCACUGACCAGCAUGGUGACCACCCCAGGACACUGACAUGGGGCACUGACCAGCACGGUGACCACCCCAGGACACUGCUAUGGGGCACUGACCAGCGUGGUGACCGCCCUGGGAUGCUGCCAUGGAACACUGACCAGCGUGGUGACCACCCCAGGACACUGCUAUGGGGCACUGACCAGCACGGUGACCGCCCUGGGAUGCUGCCAUGGAGCACUGAGCAGCGUGGUGACCACCCCGGGAUGCUGCCAUGGAGC